AUGAGCAAGCCGGUCCUAUCGUUCGGCCUGAAAUCCAAAAAGGCAUCGUCGUCAAAGUCGAAACCCGCUCCGUCAAAACGGAAACCCACCUUCGGAGACGACGAUGGCUUCUCCGACGACGACGAGACUAAAAAGGCUGGCAGUUCGGGCGGGAAAGUCGAGGUGAUCACCGAGCUCGACGGCUUCGAGAUAGAAACACCGCCCGCAGUCCCCGAGCCGGCCAGCAAGAAGGAUAGGUUGAAGAAUAGGAAUGGCGGACCCCCUCCGCCAUUGUCCGCGACGAAGGGCUCGAAGGCCUCCCUGAGCACCGAGUUCGGCGACCUCUCCCAGAACCUGGCGGCGCGCAAGCACGCCGAGGCGGCCGAGGCGCUGGACCCGUCCAUAUACGACUACGACGCCGUGUACGACUCGCUCAAGCCGCAGAAGAAGGAGACCAAGGAGGACGUGGAGCGGCGGCCCAAGUACAUGAGCAGCCUGGCGGCGGCGGCGGCGGUGCGGGAGCGCGACCGGCUUAUCGCGGAGGAGAAGCGGCUGGCGCGCGAGCGGGAAGCGGAGGGGGACGAGUUCGCCGACAAGGAGAAGUUCGUGACCGAGGCAUACAAGAAGCACCAGGAGGAGAACCGCCGGAUCGAGGAGGAGGAGAGGCGCAGGGAGGAGGAGGAGGCGAAGAAGAACAAGAAUAAGGGCAUGACGGCCUUCUACAAGGACAUGCUCGAGCGCGAGGACCGGGCGCAUGCAGAGGUCAUAAAAGCUGCAGAGGAGGCCAAGAAGGCCGGGCCACAGGUGCGGGAGAGCGCCGAGGAGGAGGAGAAGACCGAAGGCGAGAUUGCGCAAGAGAUUAUCGGCAAGGGAGGGAAGAUCACCAUCAACGAGGACGGCCAAGUCGUCGACAAGAGACAACUGCUGCAGGGCGGUCUCAACGUGGGCGCAAAGAAAAAGGCCGAAGUGCAACAGCAGAAAUCCCGACACGCGGCCGGCGAAGGCGGCAACACGGACCAAGGUCGAGGAGUGUACAACGCCGGGGGAAAGCAGGGGAUGAGGGAGAGGCAGUCCCGCAUGCUCGAAUCGCAGCUGGAGGAGAGCUUGAAACGAGCACGGGAAGAAGAGGAAGAGGAGAAGAAGAAGAUCGAGCUUGCUUCCAAGAGCCGCAAGACAGAUGCCGAUAUCUCCAGCGCCAAGGAGAGAUAUCUAGCGCGAAAGAAAGCCGCAGAGGAAGCGAAAAAGAUAGAGGCAGGGGAGAAGCCGUGA